CGCUGGAAUGACGUAUUUAAAAGCGGGGCGGGCUUUUUUUCCUGGCGUCCCGCGCGCCCCUCCCACCCGUGAGGCAAUUGGAAGCCUGCCCGGCACACUCUGUUCCCGGCUCGGUGCGUCCCGCCCCCUGCUUGCGUCACGGCUCCGGCCCCGCCCCCGCGGAGCCGGCUCGUUCUCUGCCCUGAGCGAGCGCUUGGGAGGUCGCCAUUGGGGCUCGCGCGCGCCGGGCACCGCGGCGGAGCGAUGAAGAUCUGGAGCUCGGAGCACGUGUUCGGACACCCAUGGGAUACAGUUAUCAAAGCUGCUAUGAGAAAAUACCCCAAUCCCAUGAAUCCAUGUGUGGUAGGAGUAGAUGUGAUAGACAGAAGCCUCGAUAACCAGGGAAGGUUACAUAGUCACCGACUUCUCAGCACAGAGUGGGGACUACCAAGUAUUGUAAAAGCGAUUUUGGGAACAAGUAGGACUUUGACAUACAUUAAAGAACAUUCAGUGGUAGAUCCAGUAGAAAAGAAAAUGGAACUCUGCUCCACGAAUAUUACUCUCACAAAUUUGGUGUCCGUUGAUGAGAGGUUGGUCUACACGCCUCAUCCUGAAAACCCAGAAAAGACUGUGCUAACUCAAGAAGCAAUUAUUACUGUAAAAGGCGUUAGCCUGAGUAGUUAUUUGGAAAGUUUAAUGGCCAACACAAUAUCCUCCAAUGCUAGAAAGGGUCGAGAUGCCCUGGAAUGGGUGAUCGGCAAACUAAACACAGAGUUUGAGGAGUUAACAUCAUCGACGAGAGAGCAUGAAAUCUGGAAUGGCAGCGGCAUCAGCAGCAGAGAACUGAGGCUGCAGAACACCAAGGAACUGUGACAGAACAACUUUUAUCCCAUGAACUGUAUUUCCUUAAAUCUCUUCUCUGUCUGAUAAUGCCAGUCUUUUGUAUGUUCAUAGGAAUGUCAGAACUCGAGAAAAAUAUUUUUAGAUCUCUCUAGCCUCCAUAUCAACUUGUUUGACCAGUGAAGACUAACAUGAGCUUUUAUGCUUUCUUUUAUUUUUAUUUAAAUAACCCCACGUGCUGUAGCCAAUUGAAACAAAAUCUUUCUGGCAAUUCUUAAAGAUGCCAAAAUGCGCCUUUAUAAAAAGGCAGUAAUUAGUAGGUUUCUUCUACGUUAUACCAUCUGUUUUUUGUGCUCACUUUUUUUUUUAAAUGUGUGUACAUAUAUUUAUUAAGAAUUUCUUUAAAGAGAGCAGCUGCUGUAUUUUAUGAAGGGUGGAUGGGUAUAAAAGCACUGAAUCUAGUGUUAGUCUUUGCUGCCAAAGUGGAAUAGCAAAAAGUGACACACACUGUAAAGUUAUGGAGAUAUUUACUCAGGUUAUCUGAAAAGCUAGAUCUUGCAUGGUGGUACUGACUCUUGCAUUGUUAAAUGCAGUGUCUGAAUGUGAUACACAGGUGAUUUAUGUCUUGGAGGUUUGGAUACAAACCUCCAACAGAUGUAGUGAGUAUUUAGAUGUGAAUGUAGAUUUUUAGUUAGACUUUGUGGGGAUAGAAGAUAUAAUAAUUUAUUUUUGUAAUAUUUAUUCACUGGCUCUAGUUGUGUAGAUUUUUUUUUCUUUUUCCCCCCCCCCAUUUUCUGGAAGAGCAACUGAUACCUCCAUGGAAACCAUUGGAAAACUAUUGACUUCUAAAUGCAACUUUUUACAAGGUGAUUUGAAUGAGGAGUAUCUUUGUUGAUUCAGAUUGUAACACUUAACUACUGUGAAAAUGAUUCUUAUGCCACAAAGAAAGAUAUCAUGAAGACUCGGCAGCAAACUCAGAUCCAUUCUGAAGCAUAACAGAUGUGGUAUUAAAGUUUAGGAGUACAGAGAGAGAGAGAGAGAAGCAGACUUGGCUUUCUCUAGAUUUUUUUUUCCCCUCCAGAGCUUUCCAUGAACUUUCAGUGUUUCUUUGUAUUUGUCUUUAACUUACAUUUUUUAACAAUAUUUUUGUCAUUGGCAUGAAUAAUCCUUUUUAGGCUCAUUUAAAUGUUUCUGGUCAUAGUCCUUUAUUGUCUGUCUGGGAAAACAAGAUUGCAAAAUCCAGUAACACCUAUAGAGUAGAAUAUUUGCAGGAAAAACAUAAAUUGGAUUGCUUUCCAAAAAGUGUUAAAUCCAAAACUGUUACAGGUACUGAUCUUUCUUUGACAUGGAUACAGAAAUGAGUGUUUGAAAACACCACAAGUUUCUGAUGCAGCCUUAAAAGGUAAAUUAUUGAUUUGUUGAAUUUAAAUUAAAUCUUUUUUGUGUGCAGAGACUGAAGAAACAGUCUGUUGCAAAGACUUGAUUCCUUGUGCAAACAGAACAAAUGGUUUAGAAAACUACUUUUGAGUGAAAAUUUUAAAUAUUUUUUAAUGAUAAAAAUAAAUGAUUGUUCCAUAA